AUGCGACGUGGCCGAACGAGAGGCAAUCGCGCCAGCAAGCUGGAGGAGAGCGAUCUCGUGCGUCGAAUGGAACGCAUCGAGCGUCUGAUCACUGAGAAUGUCGAAAGACGCAAUGAUGCCAAGGCCAAGUUGCCUCGCCGUCCUACUGCUGCUGCUGCUGCUGCUGCUGCUACUCGUACUGCUACUGCUACUCCCAGUGAGCCGGCCCUUGAACUCGACACAGACGCAGACUCGGCCAGUCUUGCCAAUGUCGGACGCAUCUACUGUGCCGGCUACAAGCUCGGCGACAUCAACAUGUUCCACGGGGUCCCCUUCCUUUCGCGGGAGGGCCAGAAGUGGAUUGGACUCCGUGUAGAUGACACUGACGGGCCUGCCAGUGGGAGUCCACAUGAGGUACCAGGGCCGCUGUGGGAAAACCGCCUCCGGCCAGCCUGGCCCGACACCUCUCGAUCACCCGCCGACGCGACCAGCUUGAACUUGAACGGAGGCUUCCAAGAGUUACCGCCCCGAGCACUGGUGCAGGAAUACUUGGAUGCUUAUCUCCGUUCAGAGGUCUCUGACGUCUUCCCCCUGGCCGACCCGGUCUUGUUUCCGCAAAUCCUGGACGAGGUGUACAGUGGCCGCAGCGAUUUCUCCCAUGCUGGUGCGGCAAAGGCAUGUGUCCUGGCCUUUCUGCUUCUUGCAGCCACGCUGCUCAGCAAUCCGGUCAACGAGCCAUUGCCCCCUAUCGAUGUGUCGGGCUGUGGUACUGCGGCCGAGCAUCUCUUCGUCGACGUCCUGAACGCCAGUGCCAGUACCGAAGCCGUGGGUGCUCUCAUGAUGCUAGCUGUCUAUCAAUUCACCUGUGGACACCUCCAGCCUGUUGACAUCAGCUUAUCAGUUGCAUCGCGGUUGCUGUUCAUGCUCGGCGCCCACCUCUAUCCGGGCCAGGAUCUGGAUGUUCUCCCAUCCGACUCCCAAAGCAUUGAAACCAGGACCAUCCUCCAUCGGCGCGACUUGUUCUGGAUUUGUUAUGGUCUCGACAAGGACAUAACCUUCCGCACAGGCCGGCCUCCCAUCAUGAACGACACGUCUUGCGAUCUGACGUUCCCAAAGUGGUACUCGGCGCAAAGGUCCGUUAAUGUCACCCGCAAUUUCCGUCUCCCCGGCGACCUCCGACUGAGUCUGAUCAAGUCGAAAGCCUACGAAAAGCUCUACUCGCCCCAUUCGCUGCAGAAGCCCGAUGCGGAAAUCUUGGGCGACAUCCGCGAGCUGGACGAACUGCUGGAGAAUUGGAGGCUCUCCCAGCCCACCGGAUUCAGGCCCAAGCUCUCUUUCUCCCUCCAAGCGAAGAGCUCAAUCGACUGCUUAGACAUGGACCCUCGUUCGUUUUUCACCCGAAUGGACUACUUCCACUGCAUGACCACCAUCCACCAGGCAAGUAGUCGCUGCAAGGACUGGGCCCAUAACCACCGAGUGCUUGAAGGUCUGAGUUCAAGCUUGAACCUUGCGCUGGAGUCGAGUCGCUCACUCCUCUCGUCUUUCCACGCUGCCGACUCGGUCUUGCUCAAGCUACCAAGCUUAUUCUGGAUCGUCUUGUUUUAUCCCUUGUCGGCUACUCUGGUCCUGUUCUGCAACAUCCUGCUCAAUCCCGCGAGCCCGGCAGCGUCGUCCGAUACCAUUCUCCUCCGAGACUGUCUAAAUCACAUUGGAGACAAAGUAGAUCGUGUCAAUGGCCUCUCUGAUUCGCAGUUGCUUCACCUGCAGACCGUCCACAGCUUUACUGCCGAAGUGGUGCGAUCCGCCGAAAGCCUCGUUUUGCAGAGCCAACACCCAACAUCAUGA